AUGGCUCGCGUCUACGCCGACGUAAACCAGCACAUGCCUCGUGCAUACUGGGACUACGACAGUGUCAACAUCUCCUGGGGUGUCCUGGAAAAUUACGAAGUCGUUCGCAAGAUUGGUCGCGGAAAGUACUCAGAAGUCUUUGAGGGCAUCAACGUCGUCAACUACCAAAAAUGCGUCAUUAAGGUCCUCAAGCCCGUCAAGAAGAAGAAGAUCAAGCGUGAGAUCAAGAUCCUCCAGAACCUAAGCGGAGGCCCAAACAUUGUUGGUCUGCUCGAUGUUGUUCGUGACAGCCAGAGCAAGACCCCAUCCCUUAUCUUCGAAUAUGUCAACAACACCGACUUCCGAAGCCUGUACCCAAAGUUCACCGAUUUCGAUGUCAGAUUCUACAUCUUCGAGCUGCUCAAGGCCCUCGACUUCUGCCACAGCAAAGGAAUCAUGCACCGCGACGUCAAGCCUCACAACGUUAUGAUUGAUCAUGAAAAGAGAAAGCUGCGCCUAAUCGAUUGGGGUCUUGCCGAAUUCUACCACGCCGGCACCGAGUACAACGUCCGCGUUGCUUCGCGUUACUUUAAGGGUCCUGAACUCUUGGUUGAUUACCAGGAAUACGACUACUCGCUUGAUAUGUGGUCUUUGGGUGCCAUGUUUGCUUCCAUGAUCUUCCGCAAAGAGCCUUUCUUCCACGGCAACAGCAACUCCGAUCAACUUGUCAAGAUCGCCAAGGUCCUGGGUACCGAAGAUCUGUUCGAUUACCUCGACAAGUACGAUAUCGAGCUUGACGCACAGUACGAUGACAUCCUGGGCAGGUUCCCCAAGAAGAACUGGCACAGCUUCGUCAACGCAGACAACCAACGCUUUGUCAGCAAUGAUGCGAUUGACUUCCUGGAUAACUUGCUGAAGUACGAUCAUCAGGAACGAUUGACUGCAAAGGAGGCCAUGGCUCAUGCCUACUUCAACCCUGUCAGACAAGCUGCGCAAACAAACUCAGGCUCUUCAUGA